CUCAGUUUUCGAUUUUACUUAAAAUCUAGAUUUUGACUGCAUUGGUUAAGGGAUAGAGAGGGUAUUUUUGGUUUAAUGAAAAAUAAUGGAUUUUUGGUUUAAUGAAAAAUAAUGGGGAUAUGAGUGUCAUUUUCGCUCUUGGUUUUUCAUCAGCUAGCCAAAUCAUGUGGGAUUUAUAAAUCUGUGGGGCCCACGGAUUUGGGGCACAAAAAAAACCCAAAUCCGUGGGCCCCACGGAUUUAUUUCAACAAAUUUGGAUGAAGCAAACAAAAGAUUGUACCUAAAUCCUUGAUAGUUGGUUUUUUUAUACCAAAUCCAUGUACCAAAUCCUUGAAGCAAACGAACCCUUGGUUUUGAUUCUUGUUUGUCAUUCUUUUUUCAUGGUAUAUUUUAUCAGAGGAAGGAUCCUCCGUCGACCAGGCUUUUUCUGGGUCGCUCUCUCUGGGCCUAUCCUUUCAUCCUGGGUAUGUCCUUCCUUCCUUUCUUUCUUUCUUUCUUUAAGCAAAAGGGUAUGUCCUUUCCUCAUUACUGAGACAAAGGGUGGUAGGGGGAAAAACGGGAGUUUUCCCUGGCUCUCCUUGGGAUUAUAAAUUAGAGUAAAAGGAAAUCUUUCUUCUGUAAUUGCUUAGUUACAAUCCCUGUUUGGGGAUCGAUCGCGCUAAUGCAUCGAUUUUGCCGUGUUGGACUGGUUCUGUUGACUGAACUAACUAAACCGAGAAUUCGGUUUCCUGAUCAAUUGUUCGCUUAUAGGGGUGGACUUGUGGCUAAUUGUGAGCAGGGAUUUGGAUGCUAAACUUGUGGGUGAAGGGCACAAUUUCGUGUCUGAAGAACUUCAGGGAUCCGGCAGGAGAAUUUCUGCAAAUUUUCUUGAAUCCAGUCUUUCACUAAGAUUUCGAAUAGCUGUCCCGAAUUCAAAUUGAUUAUGUUUCGCCCCUUCCUCGGAGAAAGACGAUCAAACAAUUCCCAAUCAUGGUCCUUGCAGAUGUGAAGCCAAGAAGAAGAAUAAAUGCAGGGUUUACCGGGAAAUCUUGCAAAGUUUUGAUCAGUCGCACGUGAGGACUGAGGCCCUUGAUGAUUUGAAAACCAAGAUUUUGAGGUAGUUUUGCUCUCUUGCAGAAUGAUCAUAAUUCAUAAAUGCUGUCUCUUAUUAUAGGCUUAAUGGGAGCUAAUGUGACUAUUAUUUGUGUUACAAGGAGUCAAGUUGUUCUUGCUUGACUCAGACCAUCUAGGAUUCAGAAAAAGAUACUAGUGUCAUUCUCAUGUUGUUUUGACGCUAAAGUCUGUUUCAUUUUCAAUCCGACUUGCAGCUACACACCUGGAAGAUGGGUUGAAAACUCCAGGGCGAUGAAAUGUAGCAACUAUAACGUUCCAGAGACAACAACAUUGUUGCUGGUUGGUCCAAAAGGAUGUGGAAAGAGCAGCCUUGUUAAUCGGAUUUCAAAGGUGUUUGAAAAGGGCAAGUUUGCUUCUGAAAGAGCGCAAGUAUCAUGUAAUCUGUUGUUUGGAGAUGGAACAUACUUCCUUCAGGAGUAUUCGGUUCCUAGAGAUUCAAGUUCAUUUUGUCUUUAUGACACCCGUGGCUUGUCAGAUAGCACAUCUGAAAACAUUGAGAUGCUCAAGCAGUUGAUGACUAAAGGUGUUCGGAACGGGGGGCUGAUACUCAGGUCUAAACUCUUCAUUGUUCAAUUACUAUUUGUUUCUCGCUGGUUUUGGAAAUUCCAUUAACUCAAUAAUUUUUUUGAAAUUCCUACACGAUAUCUCUUAAUUGGUUUUACACACAGGCCAUCAGACAGUUCAAGUUUAGUAAAAAGAAUGAAGGGCAAAGCUCGCCAGAGUGGUUGCUGGUCCAGAGAAAAGAGGAAGGUGAACUUUGUAAUAUUUGUCAUCAAUGGGCUUGAAGUUCUCAAAGCAAUGGAGACAAAUUGUGAGCGAGGCACCAAAUAUACCCAAAUGAUUGUUACAACAUUCAACUGUCCCUACUUGUCAUUUAAAGGUACUGAAACUGCACGAAAAUCUUGUUUCUCAAAUCUCAAUCAUAGCCUUGUUGUUAGAGCUGGGGGAAGAGUUUGGUGGUGGUCAAGGAUUUACUUAGGCAUGCAGAAACGUUUUACAAGAAACCACCAGUUACUUUUUGCAUCUUCUGUCAAUUUUUCAUCUUUAGUUCUUUUUGCAAUUAGGAGUCAGAAAUUAUUUGGUCAUGCCUCUGUGCUGCUUGUCUUCCCCGUUUGGCAGAUGAUAAACCCAUCGUCGUUGUUACUCAUGGUGAUCUGAUUUCACUUGCUGACCGUGCCCGCAUCCGUGUCCGUCUGGGAGACCUUUUGGGUGUUCCACCUGCAACACAGGUUUUUGACAUUCCAGGUGAUCAUCUCUUCUACUGAAUCUUUGUUUGUUUGAGAUUUCGCUUAAUAAACACUGUAAGGUUGA